UUUAGCGCGAAUUUCAGAACAGGUAAAAAGUAAAACUGGAGAUUUAUUCUCCCGAGUAGCUGCUGUUAUUUGACUUGUGUAACGUGACUUCACACGUUUAAUCGUCUGGUUUGUGGGAAAACGAGCCCGUUGUAAAGAAAAGCUGUCGUUCGCGCGGCUGCGGCGGUGUAUUGGAUUAACUCGUAUCCCUAUUAACCGGUGACUUCCGGUAGUCGCUGCCGUUCAUGACAUGAGAAGUUAAAAUAAUUCUCUCAAAAUUUCCGUCGCUUUAAACUCGAUUGUAAAUCAUUUUUAAACGAAGUUUGUUAAUAUGGCUUUAGGUUUCUGUCCAUGUUUUAAAAUCUGUCACGAGCAGCAACAGCGGACGCUACAGGACGGGCACCAACUAGCGGGGUAACCAGUGGAUCCGAAACGCGCGGGACGCCGCCAUCGACAUGAGGAGAAGUCUGGCUCCGAGCCAGGUCGCUAAACGGAAGCAUGGCGGGGACAGGAGUGAGAACGAGGGGAGGACACGGAGGACAGACAAAAGAACCAAAGGGGACAACGGAGGGGGAGAGGACAGGAAGCCUCUGACACAGCUGAACAGCCGGGACCAGGACCAGGACCAGGACCAGGACAGGGACAGACAUGAGGAAUUCAUCCGGAGGAUCCUGUCCCGGCCCUUUAAAGUCCCCAUCCCCAACUACACAGGCGUCCCGGGAGCCCGGGCGCUGGGCCUGAAGCGCGCGGGGAUCCGGAAGGCCCUGCACGACCCCUACGAGGAAGACGCUCUGGUCCUGUACGAGCCGCCGGUGCUGAGCGCGCACGAGCGGCUCACGGCCGACAGGGACAAGGUUCCGGUUCACGUGGUGGUGGAUCCAGUUUUAGGAAAAGUCCUGCGACCCCAUCAGAGAGAGGGCGUGCGCUUCCUGUGGGAGUGCGUGACGGGCCGGCGGGUCCCGGGUUCCUUCGGCUGCAUCAUGGCGGACGAGAUGGGCCUGGGCAAGACGCUGCAGUGCAUCGCGCUGGUCUGGACCCUGCUGCGCCAGAGUCCGGACGGCGGGCCGCAGAUCCGCACCGCCGUGGUGGUCUCCCCGUCCAGCCUGGUCCGCAACUGGGCCAACGAGGUCCACAAGUGGCUCGGGUCCCGGGUGCACGCCGCGGCCAUCGACGGGGGGUCGAAGGAGGACGUGGAGCGACGGCUCGAGAACUUCGUGGCCCAGCACGGCCGGAGGACCCCGACCCCGAUCCUCAUCAUCUCCUACGAGACCUUCCGUCUGCACGCCGCCGUCCUGCACCGGGGGGACGUGGGACUGGUCAUCUGCGACGAGGGCCACCGCCUGAAGAACUCCGACAACCAGACGUACCAGGCCCUGAACGCCCUGCGCGCCCCGAGGAGGGUUCUGAUCUCGGGGACCCCGAUCCAGAACGACCUGCUGGAGUACUUCAGCCUGGUGCACUUCGUCAACGCCGGGAUCCUGGGCACGGCCCAGGAGUUCAAGAGGCGCUUCGAGGCCCCCAUCCUGAGGGGGCGGGACGCCGCCGCCGGCCCCGAGGACCGGCUGGCGGGCGAGGCCCGGCUCCGGGAGCUGACCGCCGUCGUCGGGCGCUGCCUGAUCCGGAGGACCGCCGACAUCCUGGCCAAGUACCUCCCGGCCAAGGUGGAGCAGGUGGUGUGCUGCAGGCUCACCCCCCUGCAGACGGAGCUCUACCGGCGCUUCCUGGGCCAGGCCAGACUCCCCGAGGAGGACCAGGUCUCGGUGUCCUCCCUGUCCUCCAUCACCUCCCUCAAGAAGCUCUGCAACCACCCGGCCCUGGUCUACGACAAGUGCCUGGCGCAGGAGGAGGGCUUCGAGGGGGCUCUGGACCUGUUCCCGCCGGGAUACAGCGCCAAGGCCGUGGACCCCCAUCUGUCCGGGAAGAUGCUGGUGCUGGACUACAUCCUGGCAGUGACCCGGACCACCACCAGCGACAAGGUGGUCCUGGUGUCGAAUUACACCCAGACCCUGGACCUGUUCGAGAGGCUGUGCCGGUCCAGGAGGUACGUCUACGUCCGUCUGGACGGGACCAUGUCCAUCAAGAAGAGGGCAAAGGUUGUGGAACGGUUCAAUAGCCCAUCGAGCCCGGACUUCGUCUUCAUGCUGAGCAGCAAGGCGGGCGGCUGCGGCCUCAACCUGAUCGGCGCCAACCGCCUGGUGAUGUUCGACCCCGACUGGAACCCGGCCAACGACGAGCAGGCCAUGGCGCGCGUGUGGCGCGACGGCCAGAAGAAGACCUGCUACAUCUACCGCCUGCUGUCGACGGGGACCAUCGAGGAGAAGAUCCUGCAGCGCCAGGCGCACAAGAAGGCCCUGAGCAGCUGCGUGGUGGACGAGGAGCAGGACGUGGAGCGCCACUUCUCCCUGGGGGAGCUCCGGGAGCUCUUCAGCCUCAACGGGGACACGGCCAGCGACACGCACGACAGGUUCCGGUGCCGGCGCUGCGCCGGCGGCAGGGAGCUCCGCCGGCCGCCGGACGACUCGGACUGCUCCGGCGACCUGUCGCAGUGGAACCACAGCUGGGACAAGAGGACCCUGAGAGACCCGGUCCUGAGGGAGGCCUGGGACGCCGCCGUGUCCUUCGUCUUCCACCAGCGCUCCCAGCAGGCCUAGCCUCGCAAAACCCCCGUCCACUCUUGUUUUUUUUUUUUUUGUCAAAUAAAGGAUUUACGACUCCUG